CUUGGGUGGCAUUGAAAUCUUGUCCUGGAUUUGUCUUGGUGGAUCAAUACGGCAUUGUGUGACUGAUGUGCUGGAGGAAGGCGAUUCUUCCAAGGAUCAUGGAGUCUCUCCUCCUGGAGACGUGCAAAUUGUUCUACAUGUGAGGGGGGGUCGAUUCACCGACCACAAAAUCAUCCGUGUCCGUUGAAACCCAAGACUGAAACGGUCACGUUGACCAUAGUUUCUCGUGAUCGGAUUGCUUCGAGUUGUCAUUUGGUAACUCGAGGAACUUUCCACAUCUGACGUUAAGUGAUGCAAUUCAGCUUUCUAAACGCUCGCAACGAAAGUGAAAUCAAGUCCUCCAGAUAAGCCGGAUGUUCGCCCAAGACUAGCUAAACACAACAGUCCACAAACAACAACCCUAUUAAGCAAGAUUCAAGAGUGGGCCGGUGAAUCACCAAUCAGCAUUCAUCAGUCAUCCUCAUUGCCAGUGAUCUUUUUCUCAAUCAAUUGUCCUGACUUCGACUAUUAGGAACCCCUCAUCAUGACCAUCUCCUACAGUCGAGAGGUGUUCACGAGCACCGGGACUUCGGGCAUAUUUCUCAAGCUCCUGUGGCGUUGGAAGGGAUCCAUCUACCGCUUGGUCUGGCACGACUUACUCAUCUACGUGGUCCUCUACUCACUUCUUAGUAUUACUUACCGCUUUCUCCUCCCAGAUGAUUUGAAGGUGGUAUUCGAGAACAUAUCGCUGUAUUGUUCGAAUUUCGCAGAUCUCAUUCCGGUAACCUUCGUGUUAGGUUUCUACGUCAGUUUGGUGAUCCAACGUUGGUGGUCUCAGUUCGAAUACUUGCCCUGGCCAGACUCAGCCUCCGUCUGGAUUGCCACUUGUAUUCACGGUCACGACGAUCGAGGACGGCUGAUGCGGCGGACCAUUGUCCGAUACCUGAACCUCACCUAUGUACUCACCAUGCGGCUUAUAUGUUUGCCUGUGAAGAAGCGAUUCCCCACGUAUGACCAUCUGGUGGAAGCCGGUAUUAUGCUCGAGAACGAGAAGAAGAUCAUCGAGAAUGUGGAGGCGUCCAUGACGGGCAGUCAUCCGACGUAUUGGAUGCCCUUGGUUUGGGCCGGAUCGAUUGUGACUCGCGCCCGGAAAGAGAACCGCGUUCGAGACGACUUCUCCAUGAAAUCCCUUCUAGAUAAGCUGGACCAAUAUCGAGGCGCUGCUGGGAUGUUGAUCAAUUACGAUUGGGUGUCGAUCCCCCUUGUGUACACGCAGGUUGUGACCCUGGCCGUGUACUCGUUUCUCUUGUCCACAUUGAUGGGCCGGCAGUUUUUGGAUACGGCAAAGAAGUUUCCUGGCCAUGAAGUGGAUCUGGUGUUUCCAAUAUUUACGUUCCUCCAAUUCUUCUUCUACAUGGGCUGGCUCAAGGUGGCGGAGGCCUUAAUUAAUCCCUUCGGCGAGGAUGAUGACGACUUUGAUACCAAUUGGUUGAUUGACAGGAACCUUCAGGUCUCUUAUCUCAUCGUGGAUGAAAUGCAUUGUGAACACCCCGAGCUGAUCAGGGACCAGUUUUGGGAUGAUAUCUUCCCGGAGCUGCCCUACACUGCGGCGGCAGAAGAAUUUCGCGUGGAGCCAGUUAUUGGGGCUGCAGCUACGAUAGAGAUCGAUUCUGCUGACGCAGAGUUCUUGCCCAUGAAUGACGAUGAUGACGACGACGAGGAGACGGAGCGAGAUCUAGGUUCGGAAAGUGAACUGCCGGAAGGAAAAUUGGAAGGGAUAGUGAUUCACGCCAAUCCGCGAGCAGGGAGGAAAUCCAAAAAUCAAAGCAAUAACAACAUCAAAUCCAAUUUGUCAAAAAUCAACUCGAAUGCUACCUUCCUCGCGGAACAAGGUUCCAUGGUGUCUUUGGCCAAGUCUCCUUCCAGACCAUCCCUGGUCACGUCCAUGAUCUCAAAGAUGCUGCCAUCCCGGAUCUCGCAGAAUCAUUUGAAUCAAAGCUUCAGCGGUAGUCAGAUGUCCAUCUUUAGUAAGGCCAGUCAACGGAAACGACGGCGCCGACGACAACGAUUGAAUCCCUCAGUCUCGAGGAUGAGCAACCUUUCACCCAGUCAUAGCCCUUCAAGACAGGAAGAAAUGUUCAAGAUGUCGAGCAUGUCAUCCCUCAACUCAAAUCAUAUUCCUCCGUCCGAAUCAGAGUUCAGUAGUCGACAGGGAUCAAAGGCUGAUCUCACGGAAGUCCUGCGGAGCGACCUCCGGUCAUUUCAAAAGAAUGAAGGCGUCCUUCGUAACGUGAAUAGUGAGAUCAUCUUGAAGGACCGCCAUGAGAUCAAACGAGGCAUGUCCAUUCGUAGUGCACCGUCGACCGACCACUUGGUCCACGCCCAGAAUAAACAUCUUAGACGUAAGCUGGAAAAACUCCAGCAACUUCAGGCCGAAAUCAUCAACCAACUCGACUCUGAAAUCGAGGCAAACCAUCACCUGGAUCAAGAUUCCAUUCCAGCUGAUCCCGUGGAGUUAGUUACUUCCUUGGAAGAACGAACGAACUUGUUGCGGAACCAAGUGGGGCGGCGUAGGAAUAAGAGCCUACAAGGUGAGCCCCCCAUUACCAUGGGAUUGAACAUGGAUAAAUCCCAACCCGACGAUGGAACGGUUGAUCCCCUCCCAACCGACAGCCCCAAGGACGCAUCUACUAUCCUCCCUUAUGUCUCAGUGCCUUCAUCAUCCCGAUCGUCCGAAAUGUGUUCCGAUUAUGGCGGUCGCAAACACUCAAACAAAUCCGGCCAACUCGACAUCCCGCACAUUACUUGCACCGUAGGUUUGGAUGGUCAAGACGGCAAAGCUUGGCAAUCUACCAAUAUCAACGACGAAACGAGGCCUCCCUCCGAAGAAGAUGAAGAGAUUGAAGAGGAACCUAAGUUUGAUAAAGACAACGCUCCAUCAGGACAAUCCACUCCCGAAGACCCGUCUUACACAAUGGAUCUCUCGACAAUUGAAGAACAGCCUGAGUUGGGAUAUCAAUCCGACUCCAAUGAGUCCGACACUCUUCUGCCCAGAGCGGACAAUGAGAAUGGACGAGGGAAUCUCAUUCAAUUUCCAAAUCUGUCCACUGUUCAUGAGGAAGACAGCAAAGAAUUGGAAAAACAUUAGACGUCAACCUUUGCAAUAUGGCCCGAAAGUCUUGUCAAACUUUUACGGUUACAAAUUCGAACCCAAAAGCAUUUUUCAAUUAGCAUUCAAAACCGCCCAAGUUUGGGAUUUCUCUGCCAGUCCGGAGAAGAAGCUCUCGGAUUCAUCCGAUAUUUUCAGUAUUGGUCGGCUCUUUGUUUGCAACAAAAAAGAACCCAAGUACAUUGGCCCAAAAUUAGAAACAGUUGAGCCCUCAACGUCCAAAGGGGAAUGACGGCAUUUUCGCAUACCACAGUAUACUGUUUUAAACCGUAGCUAAAAUUCAAAACACAUUGUUACCAUUUACUAUGUGGAUAAUCUUUUAAUAUCUUCGAUAACCGCUCUGACAAUGUCAAGAAAUUUGGAUCUUCCAAAUAAAUCAAACUCAAUCAUUCA